UGUACCCCUUCACUUUACUCUUCAUUGAAGAAAAAAAGCCCUUUUCAUAUUCCCAAUUUCCAAUCUCAGGUUCCAAUUGAAAAUCCAUGGAGAAAGUGUUGAACAAGGCAGUAUUUUUUCCAUCAAUUUUGAAUUCUAGUGAUAUUUAUCAUUAUAAUCAACAUGGGGUUUGUGUUUUUCCAAUGAAAUUCAAUAGAAGAAAUCACAAAUCAGCAGCUACUACUGCUCAGAUGAGCAUAGGUAUCAGGAAAGCUCCUAAAUGGUGGGAGAAAGGACUUCAACCGAAUAUGAAAGAGGUGACGGGUGCUCAAGACCUCGUUGACACCCUUCUAAACGCUGGGGAUAAACUAGUCGUUGUCGAUUUCCUUUCCCCUGGCUGUGGAGGCUGCAAAGCCCUUCAUCCAAAGAUAUGUCAGUUAGCAGAGAUGAAUCCGGAUGUGCAGUUUUUGCAUGUGAACUAUGAGGAACACAAGUCAAUGUGUUACUCGCUGAACGUACAUGUUCUCCCAUUUUUCCGUUUCUAUAGAGGUGCUGAAGGUCGUCUUUGUAGCUUUAGCUGUACCAAUGCCACGAUAAAAAAAUUCAAAGAUGCAUUGACAAAGUAUGGUGCAGAUUGUUGCAGCCUCGAACCAGUUAAAGGGCUCGAGGAGAAAGAGCUACUUGCCCUAGCAGCUAAUAAGGACCUCUCUUUUGCUUACACAUCAAAAACAGAAGACCCAGUACCUGUUGCCUUACAAGAAGUUAUGGUGAUAAAAACAAGCAGAACAUCUUCAUCUUGUCCAAAUGCAUUCCCCCCGUUACCACUUCCCCUUCCUCUUCCUCUAGCAUCAACUUCGCAUUAGGCCAAACAGGACUCAAAGAGUGAAGUUUUUUAAGAAAUCGGACCUUGGCCCUCAAAAAGUUAUGCUCAAGACUAUAAAGGACAACAGUUCAUUCCCUAUCAAUGUGAGACAUUCUAACACCCUCCGUCUUGAAUGGAGGGUAGACUUAUCUCUAAAAGCUAGCUCAUUAGUUGAGGAUCGCUCAAGAUGCAUAUGAAAAGAUGACUCACCUUGGAUGAUUAUGAGAUUCAUCAGUAAACUGUAUUAUAGAGGUUAUGUAUGCACAACUAUCUAGUGUGUUUUUUAUGUACAUAAUGCCGCGGGAAAUACUAUAUAUUAUACUGUAUAUGGUUGAUAUACAUAUUUUAUGUGGAACCAGGCUUUCA